AUGCCGGGGGUCAUUCGCCUCCUCGCCCUGCUGCUGGCCUCUGCGCAUGGUUUGCACAACGCCACCCAGAGAACAUUCCAGAUCGACUACCACCAUAACCGCUUCCUCAAGGAUGGCCAGCCCUUCCGCUACAUCUCAGGAAGCAUUCACUAUUUCCGUGUGCCCCGCUUCUACUGGAAGGACCGGCUGCUGAAGAUGAAGAUGGUUGGGCUGAACGCCAUCCAGACGUACGUGGCCUGGACCUUCCACGAGUUGCAGCCUGGACAGUACAAUUUCUCCGGGGACCACGAUGUCGAGCAUUUCAUUCAGCUGGCACACGAGCUGGGACUCCUGGUCAUCCUGAGGCCUGGACCCUACAUCUGUGCAGAGUGGGACAUGGGAGGAUUACCUGCUUGA